AGCUAGUCGAUCUUCGCAACUUAGGAACCUUUUCUAGGUAUCUGGCUAGCAGGAAAAAGACCAGCAUGGCUGUGCUAGCCAAGUGCCUUCUCAUGUUCUCCCUCUGCGCCGCGUUCCUCUCUCUGCUUGGCACCGGCGCCUCCGCCAUGGGCCUGCCCCAGCCUCAUGCGCCGGUGAACUUCACCAUCGGCGUGCAGGGCAUGGUCUGGUGCAAGACCUGCAGGUACAUCGGCUACAACGCCAAAAUGGACGCCUCCCCGCUCCAAGGCGUGGAUGUGUACCUGCAGUGCCGGCACGGCCCGCGGCGGCUGAAGAAGCUGCCAGGGACAUCGGGGCAGGGCGGCUACUUCGUCAUCCAGUCGGCGCAGAUGGCGUCCUUCACCAACGACGAGUGCAAGGUGUACGUGGAGAGCUCGUCGUCAACCGCGUGUGGCCUCGUCGACGAACCCGCCGCCGGCGAGGGGCUGCCGCUCAAGUUCGACUCCUUCGUCAAGCACGGCGACGGCCUGCAGGCGCUCUACUCCGUCGGCAACUUCUUCUUCCGCCCCAACAACCCCAACAAGUGCUACUGAUGCAUCAUCCUUCCGUCCGUCAUGCGCUUCUAGGGCUUGAAUAAAUGGAUUAGGGUUAAUUAGCUGCUGGAGUAGCUAGGAUAUGCAUGAUGUGCUGUAAUGUUGAUUUUAUGGUUCUUCUGUUGUUGCAUUGGCUCUGUAAGCUUCUUUGAAUUACCAACGAGUGUAUGGUUCAAGAAAAA